CAAGAAAGCAUAAACAACUUAGAUAUUGAGCAGUUACAAAGUCGUCUUAGACACAGACUUUCUUGUCAGAAGUAUCUACUAGUCUUGGAUGACGUAUGGAAUAAUAAUCGAGCAAAAUGGAUAGAGUUGAAAGAUUUAAUUAAAGUGGGUGCAGUAGGAAGCAAAAUCUUGGUGACAACAAGAAGUACCUCAAUUGCUUCAAUGAUGGGCACUGUUCCCUCGUAUGUUUUAGAAGGUCUUUCAGUGGAGAAUUGCUUAUCUCUGUUUCUGAAAUGGGCAUUUAGGGAAGGUGAAGAAAAAGAACAUCCAUAUCUAGUGGAUAUUGGAAAAGAAAUAGUGAAAAAGUGCCGAGGGGUUCCACUAGCACUGAAAACUUCAGGAAGUUCCCUGUUCUCAAUUUUUGAUUUAGAAAGAUGGAAAAUUUUGAGAGACCAUGAGCUAUGGAACCGAAAACAACAGAAAGAUGACAUUUUACCUUCCCUAAAGUUGAGCUAUGAUCAAAUGCCAUCCUAUCUGAGGCACUGUUUUGCUUUAUUUUCUCUUUAUCCAAAAGAUUUUGGUUUUACCUGUGCUGAAAUUGCCAACUUCUGGGCCACACUCGGAUUACUUCGAUCUCCAUUUGGAAGUCAGAAGAUAGAGAAUGUUGGAAAACUGUAUAUAAAUGAGUUAUAUUCAAGAUCAUUUCUGGAGGACUUUGGCACAGUUUACUAUUUUAAACUACAUGAUUUGGUACAUGAUCUUUCGCUGUAUGUUGCGAAAGAGGAGUUUCUAAUGGUGAACUCCCACACUCGCAGUAUACCAGAGCAAGUAAGGGAUAUAUCAGUUGUUGAGAAUGAUUCACUAAGGCAUACUGUGUUCCCCAAGUCCAGAGGUGUGAGAACUAUAAUAUUUCCCGUUGAUGGAGUGGGUGUUGGCAGUGAAUCCCUUUUGGAAACUUGGAUAAAAAGAUACAAAUACUUACGGCAUUUAAAUUUAAGUAAUUCCUCUUUUGCGACACUUCCUAAUUCAAUUGCUAAAUUGGAGCAUCUGCGAGCUCUCAUUCUUGACAAGAAAUUCAAAAUAAAAAGACUUCCUAAUUCUAUUUGCAGACUCCAAAACUUACAAAAGUUGUCUUUGAGAAGAUGCUUGGGGCUUGAAACAUUGCCUAAACGAUUAGGAAUGUUAAUCAGCCUCCGAAAAUUGUAUAUAACCACAAAACAGUCUAUUUUGUCCGAGGAUGAAUUUGCAAGUUUGAACCAUCUUCAUACUUUGGUUUUUGAAUACUGUGACAAUUUGAAGUUUUUGUUCCGAGGGGCACAAACACAACUCCCGUCCCUUGAGGUUUUGAUCAUUCAAUCAUGUGGGAAGCUGGAGUGCUUACCUUUCCAUAUUCUCCCUAAAAUUGAGGUUCUGAUAGUAACAAGGUGCUUGAUGCUAAUUCUGUCCUUGAACAGCGAAAUACCAAUCCAAAGAUAGAAGAUGAAAUAUUUGCAUAUUGAGCAAUGUCCACAGCAAUUGGCGCUGCCCGAAUGGAUUAAAGCAGCGUCCAACACUUUGAGAACAUUGUCAAUUUUAAAUUGACAUUGUCUUGAGAUGCUUCCCGAGUGGCUUAGCACAAUGACACGUCUUAAGAUGCUUCAUAUUGUUAACUGUCCUCAGUUGUUUCAUCUGCCAUGUGACAUGCAUUGUCUAAGAGCCCUUGAAGAUUUGAUCAUAGAUGGUUGUCCUGAAUUGGGUAGAAAAUGUGAACCUCAUUCUGGUGAGUAUUGGUCCUUCAUCGCUCACAUCAAAUGUGUUUCCAUUGGAGAAACAAGAAAAAGGAAACUCCUUUUUCAAAUGCUUUCACGACUGGGCUUGAACUGCACUCAGUAAAAUUAAAAGGCUGCUUAACUUGAAGGCUGCAAUUUAAAUUCUGAUCAUGUGUGAAAUCAU